AUGUGUCCGGCCGACCUCUCCUGCGAGUUCCCCACAGAAGGCAUGUUCUGGGACCACCCCAUCCAGCCUCGCAGGCCUCCUCGCGUCGUCCGCACCUACCUCGUCAACGCCUCCGCUGCUGCUGCUAUCGCUGCCGCCGCUGCUGGUAACGCCAGCGGUGCUGCUGCCGCUGCAGCUGCUGGCAAAGGCAGGAGGCACCGGCUAGGGGCAGCUGGAGGAGCAGGAGGGGCAGCAGGUGCGGCAGGAGGAGGAGGGGGGAUGGUUGGCGCAGGGAUGGGAGCGGGAGCAGGGGCAGGGGCAGGGAGAGGAGGAGCAGGAGCAGCGGCGGCGGCCGGGGCAGCGGCGGCGGGAGCAGCAGCAGCAGCAGGGGGGGAGGAGGAGCAGGUACUGGUGGUGGAGCAGGAGGAGGAGGAGUAUGUGGCAGGGGGCCAUCUGCUGAUUCAGGACACGGGGGAGGGCCCUGAGAAGCCUGAUAGCUGCGUGGAGCUCUGUAGGAACGUGCCGGAGUGUGCCUUCUGGAUGUACGACAUGAGCAGCGUGAAAGGUGAGAAGUACGAGGUCUUGAGGUUUACGAGGUUACAAGGGUAG